AUGGGGUCGUUUCCGGCGCUCCAGCAAAGAGAGCCGUCGCAAUCUUUCACCAUCCCCUCCCAACCAAUCCCUUUUCCUCAAGCCUCCGUCUGGCAACCUACUUCCGUGUACGCGAGAGUCGAAGAGUAUCCAUCGCCAACUAUAGUUGUGAAUACUUCUAUCGCCCCCCGAGACCUCGUCAACGUUCCCGCAAACCCAUAUCUUAACCCCCCGAAUGUUUCACCAGUCACGCCCGCCUCCUCUCCAGCCGAGAGCACGAGCUCAGCAUCGACGGCGUCAUCAAGCACCGGCCCAAGCUAUCCCUGCCGGAGAGGCUGCGAUAAGACAUUCACGAGCCCCAAGGACGUCUCGAGACACUACAAGUCGCGGGUCCACACCCAGCCGAAGCAUCUCAAGCACUUCAUCUGCCGCUGCGGGUACGCGACCCCCCGCAAGGACCACCACCGCCGACACCUCGACAAGACCGCCUGCAUGUUCAGCCUGAAGUACUUCAGCUGCGUGUGCCCGCAUCCUCCUCACCACCUUGACCGGGUGGCCCAUCUCGACCACAUCAACGGCUGUCAGGCCGGGCGAGGGCAGCAGGGGCGCCCGCCGAGAAUGAUGCCGCGCCGAUCUCUCGAUUAA